GUCUUACAAAACCCCAACAAAAACCCUUGCCUCUCUUCUCUAAUAGCAAAUCCAUUUGUUUCUCUUUCACAUUUGAUCCAUAUCAAAAGAAUUACAAUUAACAUGGCAAUGGCAGCUCUGUUUCAUCGUCUAUCCAAAACCCAAGACUUAAAUCAUAACUUAAAUAUUUUAUGUAGAAUCAAUACAAGCUUCACUUCUGUGUCAGCUCCAUUGCAGAAAUUACCCAUUGGACUUCCAUUCCAAGUGAGGUCAUUAGUGACUCCACCUGAAUCUAUUGCUGGAUUUGAUGACAUGAUUGCCGGAACGCAUCGGAAAUACUACAUGUUAGGUGGGAAGGGAGGUGUUGGGAAGACGAGCUGUGCUGCUUCGUUGGCUGUAAAAUUCGCAAACCAUGGUCACCCUACGAUAGUGGUCUCGACUGAUCCUGCUCACUCUCUGAGUGAUUCAUUUGCCCAGGAUUUAACAGGAGGUACAGUUGUUCCUGUUCAAGGAGUUGAUUGCCCAUUGUUUGCUAUUGAGAUAAGCCCUGAAAAAGCUACCGAAGAAUUCCAAAAUGCAAAUCAAAAGUCCAGUGGUGGCAGUGGCGUCAAAGACUUGAUGAAUGGCAUGGGCCUUGGCGCUCUUGCUAACCAGCUUGCCGAUUUGAAACUAGGAGAGUUGUUGGACUCUCCUCCACCUGGUAUGGAUGAAGCUGUUGCAAUUUCCAAGGUUAUGCAAUUUGUGGAGUCCCGAGAAUACAACAUGUUCACAAGGAUAGUGUUUGAUACUGCACCAACGGGUCAUACACUUCGGCUUCUAUCUCUGCCUGACUUUAUGGAUGCUUCCAUAGGCAAAAUGAUGAAGUUGAAAAAGACAUUAUCUUCUGCAACUUCAGCUCUUAGGUCUCUAUUUGGUAAACAAGAGGCGGGACUGGAUACGUCUGCAAAAGUGGAGGACAAACUGACACAAUUAAGAGAGAGGAUGUCUAAAGUACGAGAUCUCUUUCGUGACCCAAACACUACCGAGUUUAUCAUAGUGACAAUUCCAACGGUAAUGGCAGUAAAUGAAUCAUCUAGGUUGCACGCAUCCUUGAAGAAGGAAAAUGUUCCUGUCAGGAGGCUUAUUAUCAAUCAGAUUCUACCUCCCUCUGCAUCAGAUUGCAAAUUCUGUUCAAUGAAACGGAAGGAUCAAAUGCGUGCACUUGAAAUCAUCCAGAAUGAUCCAGAGCUUGGCAGUUUAAGAUUAAUCGAGGCACCCCUAGUGGAUGUGGAGAUACGAGGCGUCUCAGCUCUUAAAUAUAUGGGUGAUAUGGUUUGGAGAUAAGAUCCUUUUCUGAAAACCUUCUUCAUCAGGACCAGGUGCUAAGAAAAGAGCUAUUGCAUAAGCCAUCCCCGUCACGCAAUAAACAAGACAGAUUAGAACGAUAUAAUUAUCCGUUACAGUCGAUCUCGGGUUGUUGAAGAAGUAGAACAUUGAGAGAUACACAAGUGGCUUGACAAAAGUGUUGAAAUGAUCAACUGUAUCCUUUGCAAGAAAAUAAGCUAAGCUGCUCAUACCGGAAGCGCUUUCUCUCCAAUAAUGUAGUUUGUCUAAAGAAAAUGAUCUUAAAGCCGCAAUCUUGCAUAGAAGAGCUGAAAAUUAUUCAGAAUUUCAGGUUUGUCAGAAUUGAAUUCUCUCUUGUAAAAUAUCAAUCAACUUCUGUAAGAUUCAGGGCUAUUUGCCAAUAGUCCCUCAAUUUUCUUUUGUCUCCCAUCAUAGUCUUUUGCUCUUUAAUUUGUAACAAUAAAAUCCUCAACUUUGAAUUUAUUGCACCAAGAGUCUCUACCCUUAGUUUUGGCUUCAUUUCCGCUAAUUUUAUAUGGCGUGACAAUGAACUGAACGACUACAUGGAUAACAAAAUAAUUAUUUUAAUCUAUAAUGUUUUAUCACAUAUUAAAACCACGUGGCGCUAUAUAAGUCAGGAAUAUGUGGAUUAAAGAGUAAUUUUGUUAUCCAACGUCUAGCUCAUUGUCACAUUGUCUAAAAUUAACAAUAUAAAGCCACACCAACAGGAUUUUUCGGGCAAUAGAAUCAAAACUGAGGACUUUAUUGUUAUUAAUCAAAGAAAAAUGAUUGUAUUGAAGACAGAGAAAAGUUGAGGGCCUGCAAAUGCAAAUUAUCAUAAGAUUCAGGAUUCAGAAAGUUUAUAAGGCAUUAUGAGCUUACAGACUGCAA